AUGGACUCCAACGUAGGGAAAUAUGGAAUGGCUCGCUUGGGAAUCUUUAUGGUUUUGAUGGGGCUGUGGAGGUUUAGCGCUGCUUGCCCUGCAUUCUGCACUUGCAGCAUCUCAAGGAUUGCUUGUAUCGAUCCUGAACCAGGGAUCGAGGAUUUCCCUAUCCUUACGUUAGAUGACAUAGAAAUGGACAUCAACAUCACCGAUAUGUAAGUAUCGAUUAAUUAAAAUAAAUGGCUACGCCAUUGCAGACAUGGCAAACCUACAAUGAACGGGACAAUUGCAUAAAGGUUCAUGUUUUUAAGCAAACCAAUGUCAGACCAAUGAUCAAACAAAUAAAUACAAAAACAUCUAAGGUGUAUCACAAAAUAAGGUGUAUCUACUAUGCCAUACUAUUUAGGCUGUUCAUCUCUCAUGUUCUCAGUUUCGUAUGGAGACAUAGCCUAACCUAAGCAACAAUAAAAAAUGAAAUAAGUAGGCUACAGCUGCAGCAUAUAAUAGUGUAGGAUAAUUAUCACGCUAAGGGGGGGGGGGGGGGGGGGGGGGUACCACGUGUCAGGUGGUAGGGGUACGCGUUGUUGGGAAUAUUUGGAUUAGGCUAUCAUCCUCUAGAAACCAGGCCCUUCCAGGGAUAGUGGUAAUGAUAUUUAUGGGGGAUUAUGGCAUGAUGGCUGCCGUGGCUCCAACAUGCAGACUGGGGGAAGCAAGACAAAAACACAAAGGAAAACAAUGUCAGAUAAAUUAGCCAAAUCACGAUUAUAAUGUAGGCUAGCCAACAUAACAGACUCAGUACAGACUCGGGUCUAUGUCACCCCCACAAAAUACCCAUCGUAACAAUCAAUGGACUAUAUGGACUGUACCUUGGUUACCAAUAACUGCCCGAAGUGGUUCUUGUAAAUAUCAAACACGUUAGCACACAGUCACAGUGGUAUCUGUAUAAGACACUGGUUUAAAGCCAUUUAUUAGGUUUAGGCCACAAUUGUUGAAGUGCUAGAGAUGGACAGGAUGAGUUCAUUUGAUAGACAAUAAACAGAUAAGGCAUGUGUGGAGAAAACAGUGCAUUACCACUGCAUGUUGUUGGUGAUAAGUGUACUUUAUCUAGUUUAUCAGGCCUAUUAGCUAUUGCAGCAUAUUUUAGUACAGUAGGCCUAUAACAUAUAUCCAUGCUCAGUUAAUUCUCGGAGUAAUAUAUAGUGUAGAGUAUUGUGCCUGACACCUAUAUUGCUCCUGGGCAAAUACAGUUAGUGAGCAAACUAACACCAACAGCAUGUAGGGGCCAUAGCCUACAUCUAGACAGGGUGGUGUUGUACUUAACUGUGUCCUCCCAUACCAUCCAUAGCUUAAUCAAAAGAAAACCUUAAUUGAUGAGGGUCUACUGGCAUAUUACCUUGGCAUACAAAGCAUUUUCAUGAAUUAUUAUGAAUAUUUAACAUUAAUAAUUAAUUCUAAACAUUAAUAUUACAUGCACCACCAUCACUCAUCCAGGUGUUGUAUACUCUAGUGUAAAGAGAUAUCAAUAAUCAUCUUAGCUGUUCUAAUCAGUAGAUAUUAGGGGGAGUGUCCAAAGAAACACUAGUUUCUACCACUAUCAAAUCUAUCAUGAAGAGAAGCUACAGAUUCCCGCAAAACAGUUCAGAAACUUGUGAAACUGCCCAAGAUGGACAUAAUGGCCAAAUACUAUAUUAUUUCCAUUACAUUUUUGUAAUAAUAAUCAUUUGUAAUUAUUUUGUAUUGAACUUUUACAGAUACAUUGCAAAUCAAAACAGACUAUUUGACAUCAAUGAUAACAGCUUGAAGUACUACUCAAACCUCAGAAAUCUGUAAGUAUUAGUAUUACGCAAGGUUAGGAUCCAGACUGUGUUAUGGAAUAUUUAUAGAGUAUGUUAUGGUUGAACUAUAUUAAUAUGUAAUUGUGACUUUAAAAAUAACAAAUAUUCACUCCCCCCCCCCCCCCCCCCCCUUCGAACAGAACUGUGACAAAUACGAGAUUGACUUCUAUCUCAUCACAGGCCUUUUUCAACAAUACAAGACUUCAAUAUCUGUAAGUACUGUAUAGUCUUUGAUUGGUCCUCUGUUUGGUGUUUUCCUUCUCAUCUUCCUUCUCACAGAUGUAGCUAAUGUACUUUCAAAGAGCAAAUGUAGGGGCCCCAAGCCAAUCACAAACAAUUAAGCCCAAUUCAUAUUAUAGGGAAGUAGAUUCUUACAGAUGGAGGAUCUUCAUUUGAUCACUCUUUUGUUGCUGAGAAUGUUCCUGCACAGCAGGAAAUGCAAACUUGUAGUGUAUUUGAGUUUUAAAAAGGCUUCUAAAGUUUGUAUUUUCCACUUUGAAACUUGAUUUGCCCUAAUGAAAAAUGUAAUCAGCCCCUACAAAAAUGUCCAUUAAUUUAAUCCACAUAAUAAUUAUCAUUUCCUGUUGCUGCAGGAUUAUUUUCCUGCUGUAGCAAACUGGCUCAAAUUAAGAUUCUACAUCUGUACUAACCUUACACUGAAGCCUUGCAGUCAACACUUCUAAUGUGGUAAUUAUUGUCCAAAUCUGUAUGGAUUGGCAUGAUAAUGUCUACUAUAGUCAGAGGAGCUGGUUCAAGCACAUACAGAUCAGCCUCAUGGCUGGGUAACGGGACGACACGCUCAGCAAACAGUGAGGAGCAUUGUGUUUAAUGGCCGGACUCCUCUAUCAAUUUUGUUGUUGUUGUUAAUGCAUAGUUAAAAGGUGCUAGGUGCAAAACAAGUAAAGGUGAUAGAGUAAAUAGAGCGGGCGUUCCGUUCCAACAUACUUUUUCAUUUUAGUUUAAUCACACACAUUGCUUUUGGAUUGAUUACUGUAUAUACAGGUAACUGCCAAAAUAAAGGAAACUUGAGUAAAUGAGGGAUACAAAGUACAUUGAAAGCAGGCGCUUCCACACAGGUAUGGUUCCUGAGUUAAUUAAGCAAUUAAAACAUCCCAUUAUGCUUAGGGUCAUGUAUAAAAAUCUCAGUGACUUUGAAAGAGGGGUCUCAAAGGCGCGUAGGGGGUUUAAAUGGUGUGUGUGUAUCACCAGAUCUCAACCCAAUUCAACACGUAUGGGAGAUUCUGGACUGGCACCUGAGACAGUGUUUUUCACCACCAUAAACAAAACUCAAAAUUAUGAAAUUUCUCAUGGAAGAAUGGUGUCGCUUCCCUCCAACAGAGUUCCCGACAGUGCUUGACUUGGGCAGGAGCUCACCGGAGCAGAGUACCGGCAACUCAAAUGUUCUACUGCUUGAGCUCCUGUUCCUCUUAUAGAAUAUUAACUCAAAAGUAUUGUGGUGCUCCUGCACCUAAAUGUAAACAGUACCGGCACCCAAAAUGAGUACCGGCACCUAUUUCAGUCCAAGUCAAGCACUGGUUCCAGACACUUGUAGAAUCUAUGCCAAGGCGCAUAGGAGCUGUUCUGGCGGCUCGUGGUGGCCCAAUGCCGUAUUAAGAUACUUUCUGUUGGUGUUUCCUUUAUUUUGGCAGUUACCUGUACAUUAAUAACAUUAUUUAUGUCAGUCUGACCACAAUAGUUGGUUCAUUGUAACGUUUAUGAUUUAUUAUUUUGACUCAUAGGAAUCUGAGAGAUAAUAACUUGUCAACACUCUCUUGGAGGACAUUCCUAAACUUAAACAUGACAUCUUUGUAAGUACCUAUCCUUAUUUACUAUUUUAUGUCAUGUCAUUCUUAUUUUAAAGUGCAAACGCCUAUGAAUAUGUGAUUGCAAGUAUUUGUGUGUGUGUGUGAGUGUGUGUCUUAAUGCUCUGUUUCUUUCCUCUAGUCCUCUCCUGUCUGGUAACCCUCUGAAGUGUGUAUGUGAGAACAUGUGGAUCAAACUGAGGCUGCAAGAGGACAUUGACAGUACAGAGAGUCAAGAGCUGAAAUGCAUAGAUGACAGAGCAGUGAAGAGGGCCAUCUCCAGAUUCUCUCCCCCUGAUUGUGGUAAUGUCAACCCCAGAGAAAGACAGACAUACAAACAGGGAACUACACUAAACAUGUUGUGACAAAGCAGAGAGAGAGAGAGUGUGUGUGCGUGCGUAUGUGUGGAACAUUGAGGAGCAUACUAGAAUGCCAGUGUAUUGCUUCGACUUUUCUUUUCAAAUAGUCAGUAAACAGCAUGAUGUAGAAAUCAAGUGAAGGUCACUUAGGUGCGACUUGUACAGUAAAACAACAUUGUUAAAGGUUCUGUUUACGUUUGACUCACAGAGGCUCCCGCAGCGGAGGUCCGUCCCUCUAUCAUCACAAAGACAGAGGGAAGUGAUGUCAGAGCAGUGUGCAGUGCAACAGGGUCUCCUGCCCCUGAUAUCUUGUGGAAUAUCGACAGUCUGUUUACCAUCACUAAGGUAAGAUUAUGAUCUUUGUUUUGGUAUAUUAUGACACAACCCUUUGACUAUUACUAGGGCUAGGAGUUGUUCCUGAUUAGGUCAUGUGGGCAGGGAAAAGCUCUUGGCUUUGUAUGUAAUGCACUUUCCUCAACUGACACCAUAACACACAAAUAUAUACAGUGCCUUCGGAAAGUAUUCAGACCCCUUGACUUUUUCACAUUUUGUUACGUUACAGCCUUAUUCUAAAAUGGAUUUUAAAUAUAUAUAUCCUCACCAAUCUACACACAAUACCCCAUAAUGACAAAAUGAAAACAGGUUUUUAGAAAUGUUUGCAAAUGUAUUAAAAACAAAAAACAGAACCUUAUUUACAUAAGUAUUCAGACCCUUUGCUAUGAGACAUGAAAUUGAGCUCAGCUGCAUCCUGUUUCCAUUGAUCAUCCUGGAGAUGUUUCUACAACUUGAUUGCAGUCCACCUGUAGUAAAUUCAAUUGUAUGGACAUGAUUUGGAAAGGCACACACCUGUCUAUAUAAGGUCCAACAGUUGACAGUGCAUGUCAGAGCAAAAACCAAGCCAUGAGGUCGAAGGAAUUGUCCUAGAGCUCCGAAACAGGAUUGUGAUGAGGCACAGAUCUGGGGAAGGGUACCAAAACAUUUCUACAGCAUUGAAGGUCCCCAAGAACACAGUGGCCUCCAUCAUUCUUUAAAUGGAAGAAGUUUGGAACCACUAAGACUCUUCCUAGAGCUGGCCGCCAGGGCAAACUAAGCAAUCGGGGGAGAAGGGCCUUGGUCAGGGAGGUGACCAAGAAAUCGAUGGUCGAUCUGACAGAGCUCUAGAGUUCCUCUGUGGAGAUGGGAGAACCUUCCAGAAGGACAACCAUCUCUGCAGCACUCCACCAAUCAGGCCUUUAUGGUAGAAUGGCCAGACGGAAGCCACUCCUCAGUAAAAGGCACAUGACAGCCCGCUUAGAGUUUGCCAAAAGGCACCUAAAGACUCUCAGACCAAGAGAAACAAGAUUCUCUGGUCUGAUGAAACCAAGAUUGAACUCUUUGGUCUGAAUGCCAAGCGUCAUGUCUGUAGGAAACCUGGCACCAUCCCUACGGUGAAGCAUGGUGGUGAAAGCAUCAUGCUGUGGGGAUGUUUUUCAGCGGCAGGGACUGGGAGAGUAGUCAGGAUCGAGGCAAAGAUGAACGGAGCAAAGAACAGAGAGAUCCUUGAUGAAAACCUGCUCCAGAGCGCUCAGGACCUCAGACUGGGGCGAAGGUUCACCUUCCAACAGGACAAUGACCCUAAGCACACAGCCAAGACAACGCAGGAGUGGCUUCGGACAAGUCUCUGAAUGUCCUUGAGUGGCCCAGCCAGAGCCCGGACUUGAACCCGAUCGAACAUCUCUGGAGAGACCUGAAAAUAGUUGUGCAGCAACGCUCCCCAUCCAACCUGACAUAGCUUGAGAGGAUCUGCAGAGAAGAAUGGGAGAAACUCCCCAAAUACAGGUGUGCCAAGCUUGUAGCGUCAUACCCAAGAAGACUCAAGGAUGUAAUCGCUGCCAAAGGUGCUUCAACAAAGUACUGAGUAAAGGGUCUGAAUACUUAUGUAAAUGUCAUAUUUCAGUUUGUCUAAAAAACAGUUUUUGCUUUGUCAUUAUGGGGUAUUGUGUGUAGAUUGAUGAGGGAAAAAAACUAUAGUAUCAAUUUUAGAAUAAGGCUGUAACGUACAAAAUGUCAAGGGGUCUGAAUACACUGUAUAGAUGAGUAGAGUAAAGCCCCCCCGGCCAAACCCUCCCCUAACCUGGACGACGCUGGGUCAAUUGUGCGCCGCCCUAUGGGACUCCCGAUCACGGCCGGUUGUGAUACAGCCCGGGAUCGAACCCAGGUCUGUAGUGACGCCUCUAGCACUGCAAUGCAGUGCCUUAGACCGCUGCGCCACUCAGGAGGCCCCAUAGCAAUCAAUUUUUAAAACAUUAUUUUUUUUACAUGAAACUUUUUUUUAUGUUUCAAUACGUAAAGAAGAAUAUAUCAUUUUAUUAUUAUAAUAACAGCACAUCACUCCAUAGUUUUAGGCGUUUUAUAACAUACAGCAUUAAAUAUGUUUCACUAUGAUCACCAUGAUUUGUUAUUAACUGUAUUUACUGUGUAAUACAUGUUACUAUUAAUAAUAAUGCUAAUGCUAAAGCUAAUAAUGCUUAUGCUCAUCAUGACAAUGCUAAUAUUGCUAAAUGUAUUUACAGAUCAAUGCCUUGGAGCUGGAGAGCAAUCUGACACUGUUAGGUCUCUUGCCUUCCGACAACGGCAGAGUGAUCACUUGCAAUGUUGAGAACGUAGUCGGCCAAACCGAGGCUUACCUCCAACUCAACAUCCUCUGUAAGGACAUGUUCUGUUGUGUUGAGUGCCUAUACCAUUUUUUUGUUUAUUUUAUUCUGGCACUGUGGUUGCAAAAUGUAAUUUUAUCCUGGAUCUGUAGCAUCCUAGUAUUGGUCGUCAACAUUCUGAAAGACUACCUCUGGUGGUUCUGUGUCCUUACUGAAAUGAUACUAUCCACUAUCGCUCAACAUUCUGAUUGACUCUACAUGUCUCCUGUCACCUUGCCAUACUGUACUCCUCAUUCUGUUUAGCUCCUGGUUGCCCUCAAUGCCCUAUCAUAAUCUCCCUCCUGUCUAGCCCCCUUUCCCCAGUCUCCCACUGCACUCCUCCAGUCCUCCUUCCUCGUGUCUAGCACCCACUCCCAGUACCCUGUGACUAUUAUUCCUGUUGUCUCUGUGUCAGUUCGCCCCACUAUCCUGGAGCUGCUGGAGCCUUUGCGCCUCCACCACUGGUGCAUCCCCUUCAGUGUGACCGGAAACCCCAAGCCCGAGCUGCGGUGGUACCACAAGGACCAAGAGCUCCACGAACAGGAGUACAUCAAGACCGAGAUCCACGAGAGCACAGGGAGCGUUCACCACGGCUGCCUGCAGCUUGUCAACCCGACUCACAUCCACAAUGGGCAGUAUACGCUGGUGGUCAGGAACGAGUACGGGGAGGACCAAAAAGUAAUCGACGCCCACUUCCUGCUCCCGCCAGACACAGACUACGAUACAGGUCUCACUCCAGUUUCGUUUAUAGUUACUGCAAUUCUAUAUAAGAUGCUACAGUUGAAGUCAGAAGUUUACAUACACCUUAGCCAAAUACAUUUAAACUCAGUUUUUCACAAUUCCUGACAUUUAAUCCUAGUAAAACAUCCCUGUCUUAGGUCAGUUAGGAUCACCAAUUUAUUUUAAGAAUGUGAAAUGUCAGAAUAAUAUUAGAGAGAAUGAUUUAUUUCAGCUUUUAUUUAUUUCAUCACAUUCCCAGUGGGUCAGAAGUUUACAUACAUUCAAUUAGUA